UUGUGAUUGUGUGACUGUUACACUAUAUCAUCUCCACGAUGCCGUCCGGAUAUUAUUUACAUAUUUAACUCAUUCGCAUACCGCGUGGUUACUAUGGAUUGAAUAGAUCUGAACAGUGAGUCAUUUAAAGGUUCCGUUAGAAACAUCUAAACAUCAGAGUAUGAAGAAAACACACUGAAGACAUCCAGCAGCCUGUGAUGGGCUCUUUUAUUCUCAGGACAUGAUAUUGAUAUUGAAAGCAUUAUGCCUCCAGUAACCUCUCAGGAACUUCCUCUCAACAUCUAUGUGGUCAUUUUUGGCACUGGGAUUUUUGUCUUUGUAUUCACUGUGAUAUUCUGCUGCUUCUUCAUAAGUAAACUGAGACAUGAUGCUCGGAAUGAGAGAGACGGUUACAGGAUGGUUGUUUUUAAAGAUGACACAACAACGCUACAUUCAGACGGGUUAACAUGUGCGGUCUGCUUAGAGGACUUCAGGACAAAAGACGAGCUUGGGGUGUUACCGUGCCAACACACUUUCCACAAAAGGUGUUUGGUGAAAUGGCUGGAAGUGAGAUGCGCCUGUCCCAUGUGUAACAACCCCAUCAGCACGGCGUUUGGUCAAACACACGGCCCAGAGAACCUGCUGGAUGAACUACUUUAAAAACACUGCAGAAGAAGGCUUUUCAAUGUUAAGCACUUCUCCGUCUGGAAUCUAACAAUCCAAAACAAAAUCUGCCUAUUUAAAACACUGCUGUUGUAAAAAAGUCACUUAAAAUAAAAAUGUUUACAUGCAGUUCUGUAGUUUGAUGUUAUUAUUAGGAUUGUGGAGAUAAAACACAUUAAUGUAAUGCG